GCUUGGAACUUUAGUGAACUGUUGGUCCAGGAGGCAUGGAGUUGUUGCGUUAGUUUAGAUCUGCGGACUAACUAUAGUCCAGUAAACUCUCUUAAAAUCAAGUAAUUGCCCUAAGACUUGCUUUCAGCGCACAUCGAUGACCAAAUCCUCAAGGAACUGAUAUAGUUCGGACUUUUAAAUCGCAUCACUUGGCUAACGGUCCGACAUUGACCAUCCUCAUGACUUGAGAGUUUCUCUGUGUUUGAGCGAACACCAGAAGGGAGUACUUCCUCUGGACGGGAAGACAACGCCACGUGUGAAACAAAUAAAUCAUGCCCUUGCCAUUUGGCUUUAAACUCAAAAGGACUCGAAGGUAUACUGUUUCAAGCAAGAGCUGUCUUGUCACUCGGAUUCAGCUUCUGAAUGGAGAGUUUGUUGAGUUUACUCUGUCUGUGGAGAGCACUGGACAGGAAUGUUUGGAGGCAGUAGCCCAGAGACUCGAGUUAAGAGAGAUCACAUAUUUCAGUCUUUGGUACUACAAUAAGCAGAACCAGCAGAGGUGGAUCGAUUUGGAGAAGGCGUUGAAGAAACAGUUGGACAAAUAUGGACUGGAGCCCACAGUUUAUUUUGGAGUUUUGUUUCACAUACCCAGUGUUACCCAACUGCAACAGGAGAUCACAAGAUACCAGUAUUACCUGCAGUUGAAGAAGGAUGUUCUGGAAGGCAGGAUCACAUGUUCCCUGGACCAGGCUAUACGUUUAGCCAGCUUAGCAGUGCAAGCUGAUUUUGGGGACUUCAAUCGAUAUGACUCACAGGAUUUUCUUCAGAAAUUUGCACUCUUCCCAAUUGACUGGAUUCAGGAUGAAAGGGUGUUGGAGGAGGCCACUCAAAAAGUGGCAGUUCUCUAUCAGUCGUACAGAGGUUUGUCAGCUCCAGAGGCAGAAAUGUUGUACAUGCAGGAGGUUGAAAAGAUGGAAGGUUAUGGCCAGGAGAGCUAUCAAGCCAAGGACAACACAGGCAUAGAUGUUACUCUGGGUUCCUGCCUUGAUGGAAUCUUUGUCAAAUAUAAAAAUGGACGUUCCCCUCUAUUAUACAGGUGGCACGAAAUUAAUAACAUGAGUCACAAUAGGUCCUUCUUUGGCCUGGAGCUCAGCAACAGAGAGGAGAGUGUUCAGUUCCAGACUGAAGACAUGGAAACUUCUAAAUAUGUAUGCCGGAUGUGUCUGGCCAGACUCAAGUUUUAUAAGAUCAACAAGAGUAACCUAGAGGAAUGUGUCCCCCUGCCUUCUGAGGGCUCCCAGAAGUCCCUUCUAACUCUAUCAUUUCCUCGUUUUCCAAUGCUUUCUCGUACAUCACUGCCUUCAGAUAAGGGCCAAACUCCACCAACGGGGGUCAACCAGGUCAGACGAAGAUCUUCAACAAGACUCUCUCUGCAAAAGCCACAGGCCUAUAUGAUGCCUCCUUCUCAGAUGCACUACAAUGGCCAUUUCACUGAGCCUUACACAUCAUCACAAGAUAACCUGUAUGUUAACAAUGGUUAUUACUACCACUCUCAGACCAGCCUGGACCGCUCUCCUAUGGAAUACAGCAGCGGAGGGCGUCUCCGUAACGGCAGCGUAUACAGCGCCCACAGCACCAGCUCUCUGAAUAAUCCCCAGCACCACCUACAGCCUUCUCCUAUGUCCUCCAACCCCUCCAUUACUAGUGACAUCACCAGACCAGAUUACGUUCCCUCUCAUCGCCACAGCGCCCUCAUCCCACCGUCUUAUCGCGCCACUCCUGAUUAUGAGACAGUGAUGAGGCAGAAGAACAGAGGGAUAGGGGGAGGAAUGGUUUUGUCUCAAGAACAUCGGCAGAGCCACUCCAUGAGGAAUUUGAACAUCGGGAGCUCGUACGCAUACAGCAGACCAGACCCGCUGGUUUACAGCCAACCAGAAAUCAGAGUGGAAUAUGGUGGAACGUCCCAACAUCACCAGUAUCCCUUUCAUCUUGGCUCCAGCUUCCACAGCCCCUCUCCGUACCCCUACCCCGCAGAGCGAAGACCCGUCGUUGGAGCCGUCAGUGUCCCAGAACUCACAAAUGUUCAGCUGCAACAGGCGCAGGAGUAUCCAGCCCCUAACAUAAUGAGAACUCAGGUCUACCGGCCUCCACCUCCUUACCCAUAUGCUCAUCCACGUCCUGCUAACAGCACUCCUGAUCUGUCUCGUCAUCUCUAUGUCAGCAGCAGCAAUCCAGACCUGAUAAUCACAAGACGUGUUCAUCACUCGGUUCAGACCUUCCAGGAAGACAGCCUGCCUGUUGCCCACUCUUUACAGGAGGUGUCUGAACCUCUUUUCAGCGGACCCCCACAUCGACAGCCAUACCAUGCUCAAAAACGAAACUCCAUUGAGAUCGCUGGUUUGGCUCACAGUCUGGAGGCAGUGAGAGUCAAAGAGAGAACUUUGUCCUCAUCAGGAGCAGAAGUAGCAACCCCUCCUCCUGUGGUGCAUGCUGGUCAAUCCCAGGGGUCCCAGCUAAACAUGUUUUUAGAACAUACCAAAACAAACGAGAGGGGAGAGAUAAAAGAGGGAGCACAGUAUGGACACAAAAAGUCCCUAUCUGAUGCAACAAUGCUGGUUCAUAGCAGCGGAGAAGAUGAAGAGUUGGAGGAUGAUGGUGGACGUCACACUCCUCUUUCACAGGAAGCAGUGUCAGGGAUUAUUCCGGAACAGCCGUCACAGCAGCAUCGCAGCCUGACGUCUUUGACCGCACAGCAACAGAUUCUGAAAGAACCACCUCCUGCAUACCCCAUAGGGUCUGCCCUGGACCCCUCUAUAACCAGCUCCUUGGUCUAUAAAGUUCACCCCCGCAUCCACAAAGGAGAGCCGCUUUACCUGCUGUCAGAUUUAAGGCAACCUGAAAUUAUGCCAUCUGUGUCAGAGGGGGACGGGAGCGAGCAUGACAAUCAAAAGCCCAAGAAGGACUUUGGCAAGGGGCCUGGGUUUGCUGUUCCUGCUGGAGGUGAAACGCUGGAGGGUUUACCUCCGCCGGGGAUGAAGAAAGGGUUUAGGUCAGAGGUGAGGAAAAUGGGCCCUCUGAAGCUCGCCCGUCACAAUGGCCUGUCGGUGUCCAGGAAAGUGGUGCAGAGCGAGGUCAAAGAUGAGCCAGAACAACCGUCCAACCAGGAGAAAUGUAAAUUGCUGGAGCAGCAUGUGGAAAUGGGGGAGCUAUUGAAAGAGUUCGACAGCGUCCCAAAGCGUCUUCCAGGUGGGGAGUGCACCAUCGCCCAGCUUCCAGAAAACAGGGAUAAAAACCGCUUCAUCGAUGUCCUGCCUUACGACAAUACGAGAGUGGAGCUGGUUCCCACUAAAGAAAACAACACGGGCUACAUCAAUGCGUCACACGUUAAGGUAACAUUAGCUGGACAGGAGUGGAGUUACAUAGCUGCACAGGGUCCCCUGUCACACACAUGUUCAGACUUUUGGCAGAUGGUGUGGGAGGAAGGUGUUGCCAUCAUUGCCAUGGUCACGGCCGAAGAGGAAAGCGGCCGAGAAAAGAGUUUCCGUUACUGGCCGAGACUCGGCUCCCGUCACAACACGGUGACCUACGGACGGUUCAGGAUAACCACGCGCUUCCGAACAGAAUCGGGCUGCUAUGCCACCACAGGGCUGAAGAUCAAAAACCUGGUGAAAGAACAAGAGAGGACGGUCUGGCACCUUCAGUACACAGACUGGCCUGACCAUGGCUGUCCAGAGGACUUUAAAGGCUUCCUCACGUACCUAGAGGAGAUUCAGUCUGUGAGGAGACAUACAAACGCCAUCAGUGACCCAAAGAACACCAACCCAGUGCUGGUCCACUGCAGUGCAGGAGUGGGUCGUUCAGGGGUUGUCAUCCUUUCUGAGAUCAUGAUAGCUUGUCUGGAGCACAAUGAGGUGCUGACAGUCCCAGAAGUCCUGAGGCUGCUGCGUGAUCAGAGGAUGCUGAUGGUUCAGACACUGUCGCAGUAUACUUUCGUCUACAAGGUCCUCAUCGAGUACCUCCGCAAUUCCCGGCUCAUCUGAUGGGCGACCCAUCGCGGAAUUCUGCAGAGAGGUUUUAUGGAAAACUGCUCCUAGCUGUUAAAGUGUGGAUACCAAAACCUGGACCCUAUUUUUGCCAAGUAUUAAAUAGGUUUUAUUCUAAGAAGUGAAAUGACAAUUUAGGAGACGAAAACGCCACAUGAAGAAAUUAAGACUGUGACCUGCCUCUUAACAGUAUUACCUGAAGAGAUUAUUUUUUUACAUACACAUUGUUUAAUAAAGCCCAGCACUUUGAUAGUACCAUGUAAGUACAUGAUGAAGCAAUACUAAGCUACAGAGGACAAACGUUCUAUUGUACAUGUCACUGAAACGGUCAUGUUUAUUUGAUGAAGGAUUAAUUACAAAUGGAUGCGUCUGAAUAAUAAUAAAAAAAGUCUCUAAAAAUAUUAUCUAUUUAAUUUGACUCUAAAAAUGAAACUCUAAAUGGAAAUAUUUCACAGUGAUACAUUUCAAAUAUUUAUUAGCCAACAGGUCAAAUAAAAUUCAGUUCCUUUGAAAAUUUUAAUAUUACCUAACGGCAACAAAAGUUGGCGUACAAAAAAAAACAAUUCCCACCUACUUUAGAUUUUAUGCAGUCAGGUCCUUAAGCAUUGAUUAUCAGUGGAGAGGAUCAGUCUGUGGCUCCGACGUAUUGUGGAAGCCCAGGUUGCUAUGGUAACAGCCUUAAGCUUUCUCCUCUUCCUCUUAACAUUCACCCCAUAAUUCCCUGCAGGGUGAUUUGCUGCCCAAACAUGCAGAUACCAGUAGUUUGGACAAAACCAAAGUUCUAUCAAUUGAAAAAGAUCUGGAUGCUUGAUUUCAAAAUAAGAUGCAAAAUGUGAUUUGCCUUUUUCAGACAAACAAUACAGUGUAUGUUCAUCACUGUUGCUUUUGCAUCUUUUUUGGUCAAAUUUCUUUUAAAAUACUCUGAUU